UUUACCUCUACUUCCUGAAUUUUGACCUCUGACUCCUGACCUCUGUGUUUUGUUCUGCCCACGUUGCAGAUGACCCAGUCUCCGUGGGCGGAGCAGCAGCAGGGUCAGCUCAUAGGUAGUUUCGAUGAGAAGGCGUACCUGUUGGAGAAACAGCUGAAGGCGGGAGACGACCCCUACAGAGACCACGCCUUCAACCUGGCCGAGAGCGACCGCCUGGGCUCAGAGCGGGUCAUCAGAGACACACGACACUACAGGUGUGCCUCCUUGAAUUAUGACGCUAACCUUCCUCCUACGAGCAUCAUCAUCACCUUCCACAAUGAGGCUCGCUCCACCCUGCUACGCACCAUCAAAAGUGUCCUGAUGAGGAGCCCUCCCUCUCUGAUCCAGGAGAUCAUCCUGAUAGAUGACUUCAGUACUGAUCCUGAGGACUGUCAACUGCUCUCUCAGAUUCCCAAAGUACGCUGCCUGAGGAACGGACGUCGAGAGGGACUGAUCCGGUCCCGGGUACGAGGGGCAGACUCGGCCUCCGGCACUAUCCUGACCUUCCUGGACAGCCACUGUGAGGUCAACACUGACUGGCUACAGCCCAUGAUCCAGAGGGUCAAAGAGGACCGUACCCGGGUUGUCAGCCCCAUCAUCGAUGUUAUCAGCCUGGAUAACUUUGCCUACUUGGCAGCUUCAGCUGACUUGAGGGGAGGGUUUGACUGGAGUCUACACUUUAAAUGGGAGCAGAUUCCCAUCGAACAGAAGAUGUCCAGGAGUGACCCCACACUGCCUAUCAGGUAG